AUGAUUUUCCAUGGGGAGAAGUUGGAGCAUCACGACACACCGGUCCAUGAUUUUUUGAUGGAUCGAUUUGAGAGGCAUGAAAAGAAUGACCCGAAUUGUUUAGCAUUCACUACUGCCGAAAAUGAGCAAGAUUCGAUUUCCUAUAAAAAUUUGAAAAAAAAAAUUAUUCAAAUUUCCGAGUGGUUCCUGGAGAAUGGAUAUAAAAAGGGAGACGUUGUACUGUUGGCUGCUCACAACAACUGGAGAUGUUUCGCGUUUUGUAUGGGAGCCUGGAGAGCCGGACUGGUGGUUUCAGCGGCUUCCAGUCAAUUCACAGCGUACGAAAUGAACUACCAAAUCGAGGACUCUCACUCUCAACUGAUUCUUGCUGAUGCUCAAACACUUCCAGUCGUUUUGGAAGCUUCCAAAAAUUUGAAAUUCGUGAAAAAUGUAGUUUCGAUUGCCCCGAAUUCUCCGAAACCAGUGAUUGAAUUCGAAGUUUUGACUUCUAGAUUGAUUCGAAACUUGAAAAUGCCGAAAAUCGAUCCAAUGAACGAUUUGGUUCUUCUACCGUACUCCUCAGGGACCACUGGGAAGCCAAAAGGAGUAAUGAUUACUCAUUUGAAUGUUUCAAUGAUGAUGGUUUCGUGUAUACAAUUCCACGACGCCAUUGCCAAGUCCUAUGGUCUCCCUCCCGAUUUCAUCUUCCCCCAUGAGCUCCAUUUCCUUCCCCUUUACCAUGUAAUGGGACUCUUCCGAGCUCUUCUAACCUCCUACCGAGGCUCCAAUCAGAUCCUUUUCACCAAAUUCGAUAUGGAAUUAAUGUUAAAAUCCGUCGAAAAAUAUUCCAUCGCAAUUCUAGCAGCAGUUCCAGCCAUUAUCGUCCGAAUGGUCAACUUCCCCCUUCUCAAAAACUAUGACCUCAGUUCCCUUGGUACCAUAUCGGUUGGCUCCGCCCCUUUGCCCGAUGGAGCACUUCAAAAACUCAAAAAACUGAUUCCGGACCUCCGCAUCGUUCAGGGUUACGGUAUGACAGAAUUCUCAUUUGCCACCCAUAUGCAAAGUCCCGACUGCGCUGAUGGAAGUGUUGGAAGACCUGUUCCAGGGACCAGUAUGAAGGUUAAGAAGGAGGAUGGGACCCUGUGUGGGCCACAUGAAGUGGGGGAGUUGUGGAUUAAGGGUCCCCAAAUGAUGAAAGGGUACUGGAAAAAAGAGGCGGCCACCCAGGAAUUAAAAGACGAAGAUGGAUUCAUGAGAACCGGGGAUAUUGUGUAUUUUAAUGAAAAUGGCGACACAUUUAUUUGUGAUCGAAUCAAGGAACUCAUCAAAGUCAAUGCGAAACAAGUGGCGCCAGCCGAAUUGGAAUCUGUAAUUCUGGAGCAUGAUGACGUGGCAGAUGUGUGCGUUUUUGGAGUUGAUGAUAAGGAUUCUGGGGAGAGACCAGUGGCGUGUGUGGUGUCGAAACAGGGAAAAAGGGAUUUGGAAACGAUGAAAGCCAUUAUGAGGCAUAUUAAUCAAAAACUGGCUCGCUACAAGCACAUCAAGGAAAUCGAGUUCGUCGGCGAAAUUCUGCGCACUGGCACCGGAAAAAUUUUGAGGAGAACCAUGAAAAAAGCAUUUUUAGAUGCCAAGAAGUCUCGAUUGUGA